AGGAUUUCAAAUUCAUGUCACAAAAUGGCCUUACUGCAGUGAGGAUUCCAGUUGGGUGGUGGAUAGCCAAGGAUCCCACACCACCAAAGCCUUUUGUUGGGGGCUCCUUGAAAGCCUUAGACAAUGCUUUCACAUGGGCACAGAAAUAUGGAAUGAAUGUCAUUGUAGACUUGCAUGCAAUUCAAGGUUCACAAAAUGGCAAUGAGCAUAGUGGGACAAGAGAUGGAUAUCAGGAAUGGGGAGAAGCAAACAUUCCCGACACUGUGUCUGUGAUAGACUUCCUAGCAGCAAGAUACGCUAACCAUCCAAGUCUUGCUGCAAUUGAGUUGAUGAACGAACCUACUGCGCCAGGAGUUACAUUAGAGAACCUGAAAAGUUACUACCAAAAAGGUUAUGAUGCCGUGAGGAGGCACACCUCAAGUGCUUAUGUGAUCCUUUCUAAUCGCCUGGGACCUGCUGAUCAGAAGGAGCUCCUUUCAUUUGCUAGUGGCCUGAAUAAAGUAGUCCUCGAUGUGCAUUACUACAGCCUCUUUUCAGACAGUUUUAAGAAUAAGAAUGUUCAACAGAACAUUGAUUAUAUCAAUAACCAACGAGCUUCUGAUCUCGCAGCUGUGACCACUACCAAUGGCCCUCUCAGUUUUGUCGGGGAAUGGACCGCAGCAUGGGAAGUAAAGGGGGCAUCAAUGGAAGAUUACCAGAAGUUUGCUAAAGCUCAAUUGGAUGUUUAUGGGAAAGCCACAUUUGGGUGGGCAUAUUGGGCUUAUAAAUUAGAGUGUGAUCAGCCGCACUGCCCCUGGAGCCUCAAAUGGAUGAUUGAGAACAAUUACACAAGUGUAAUGAUGCAGCGGAAGAAAACGCGAGAUGAAAAUGAAGGAAGACAAAUUAAUAAUUGCAUCAUAUACAUAAAUAUUACAUAAUUUGUCGUCUUUCAUUUUUCGUUCACUGCAUCAUUACUCAUUACAUAAUGCUCUAGAAACUGAAAUUGUAUUAAGUAAUUCUAGGAAGUUGCAUCACUUCCACCGUACAUGGUAAGUCUAGUCCUGCUAAAUGUACGAGCAUAUUAUAAAGUGCAUUUUCUAUU